AGUAAGCACGGCACGAAAGAAGCUACCCCCCAUGAGUAACAUUGAAUUGAUUGAAUUUAUAAUUGAAUUCAUCAAUGGCGUGGGCGGGAAGGAGUGGCUCCGAUAUGUUACUUCCGAGGCUUCCGAUUGACGAUUGUGGUGUGAAUAAGUCAGGUAAAUGUUCGAUAAAAUGUACAAUUAGCUAUUACAUUCCUUCCUACAUUACCGCGUGUGUGUGUGGUAUAUGCGGAGACUAUCUCUGGGACUUUCCGGUUGCAUUCCUUUUCGGAUUAUGUUGCGUUUUGCGUGAAUGAAGAGUGACAGCCAUUAUGUGCCUCAUAAGCUCCUCUUACCAUUGCAUUGCUAGCUCUAUUGCACAGCAAAAAAACGACUUUAAUUGUUACUUUUUAAUGGUUGGCUUGCGUAAUUUGUAGCGCAUAUUUGCCAUAUUCAUUCUCGAGCCCCAAAAUCACGGGGAAAGGCGAUGAAUCCCACUCAUUGGAUUUUGUUGGGAGGCUUUCUUACUUUUUUUUUGCUCCGCAGCAAAUCUUCGCUUUUUCGCUCUACUGAAUUAAUUCUAUAUCAUUUCACUUUUUCUUUGAUCAUUUGGUAUUUACUUUACACCUGACGAGUCAACAUUUUCUCGAUUUAGUGAUUUAAUUAUCAAAAUACUUCAUCAAAAUUAUUUAACCGUGUGGUGUCGUUGUGGUGUUAAAAAAAUUGAAAAGAAAUCAUUUCACUUUUCUUAUCUCUGUGAUUGAGCGAAGGAGUUUUGCUUCUCUGUAAUAUAAUUUAAAUUUUUAAAUGUUUUUUUUUUUUUAAUUUCUAAUUUGUUACCUACUUUAUUUUCUCAUUCUCGUGAAUGAAAGUUAAGUCUUUAAAAGGACGCCAAGGAUGCCAUUGAAAAAGAUUAUCUUCAGAUUUUUAACGUCCCAAAAAAGUAAAAAUUAAUUAAGGAGCAUUUUAUUCAACCUAAUCAACUAAUUUUCUCUCUGUUCUUACAGAAAAAGCCUCAAAUUCUAAUUUUCUUUUGAAUAAUCUUUUGUUGAACUUGAUCACAGUAACGGAAAAAUUUAAAUGAAAAAAAUGUCUAAAGAUUUUCGACCAAAAACAAGUGAGCGAGAAUUUUUGCUGAGUGUUGCGCCGGUUUCUGCGGAAAAAAGUGGAAGUGUGGAAGUAUUGGUCGAAGGGUAAACAUUGCUUUCAAAACACUGCGAUUUCCCAUUUUUCCACUUUUCUAUGAAUUUCCGUUCCAUUGUGAUCAAUUUUCAAUUGAAUAGGCACCAAGAACACAUCCCGUCUUCGUACAAUUACAAAUUAUAGUUUCUUUUUCUUUUGAGAAGUGUGUGUGGGUUGAAAAGAAGAUAAUGAAGAUAACUGUGACAACACUGACGGAUUUCAUCUUCGUCCUGGAUGUAUCGGAAGAUCUGGAGCUGGAGAACUUUAAGGCCUUCUGUGAGGUGGAAUCGGGCUUUCCAGCUGCUGAGAUUGUGAUUGUCUUCAAUGGGCGUCCACUAGUGGAUGAUAAGAAAUCCCUAAAAGAUCACGGAGUUGCUGAUGGAGACGCCGUUGUGCUGCAACAUCUCACAACUGGUCAAAUGGGAGGAUUUCAGCCUCAACAGGGUGGAGGUUUGCCACAGUUGGAUUUCAGCUCAAUCCAAGUGCCAGGCGGAGGUGUGGCCUCAUCCUCAAUGAGUCAGCGUGGGCCACUGACCGUAGCACCUGAAGAUGACCCCAAAGUUGUGCGGGAUAUGUUUCUCAAUAAUCCCGACACGUUGGCACUGCUGAAGCAGAAUAAUCCCCGGCUCGCUGACGCCCUCACAUCGGGGAAUCUUGAGACGUUCGCAAAGGUGCUACAGGAACAAAUUCAGGCACGUGCGGAACGUGUCCAGCAACGCUAUAAAAUGCUCCAAGCUGAUCCCUUUGACCAUGAGGCACAGCGUCUCAUUGCCGAGGAGAUUCGUCAGAAGAACAUUGAGGCGAACAUGGAGGCUGCAAUGGAAUACAACCCGGAGACAUUUGGUACUGUGGUGAUGCUGUACAUCAAUUGUCGCGUCAAUGGGGUUCCCGUGAAGGCUUUCAUUGAUUCCGGGGCACAGACAACGAUUAUGAGUGCCGGAUGUGCCGAGAGGUGCAACAUUAUGCGCCUCGUGGAUACCCGAUGGUCUGGCAUUGCCAAGGGUGUGGGUGUGCAGAAGAUUAUUGGUCGCAUUCACAUGGUGCAGUUGCAAAUUGAGAAGGAUUUCCUCAUUACGAGCUUCUCCGUACUGGAGGAGCAACCCAUGGAUAUGCUUUUGGGAUUGGAUAUGCUCAAGAGGCAUCAGUGCAACAUUGAUUUGCAACGGAAUGUCCUCCGAAUCGGUACAACGGGCACUGAGACGGCUUUCCUGUCUGAAAGUGACUUACCCGAUUGCGCCCGACUCUCCGGGGGACCUGAAGAUGAGUCCAAAGCUGUGGCAGAAUCGGCAAAAUUGGCCGAGGAGAAGGCAAUUCAGGAAGCUCUCGAGAGGAGUAGACAAAAUAUGCCGUCUACGAGUUCUGCAACAUCAAUAUCAUCGACAUCUAGCCCAAAUCCUGCCACAAGUGUUCUGCCGACUGACAAUUUUACAGAGAAGGACGUUGAGGAGGUAGCCAGGAUGGGAUUCCCGCGUGAAAAGGUGAUUGCUGAAUUGAGACAAUUCAGAGGUGAUCGGAAACAAGCUGUUGCUGCUCUUUUUGCAAAAUCCCUUAAAUUCUAGAGGUUAAAUAGAACUUCUUGACAAGACUAAUCAUGAAGAUUUGUUUAGAGAGAGAGAGAGAAUUAGAAGAUAAGAAAAUUCAUAAUUUAGUAGAAGAAGAACACGAUGGCACAAUGGGCUGGGGGGGUAUGACCAUUUAUCGUUCAUUUCCCCCCACUCUGUGUUUUUUUUUAUAUAUAAAUACUUUAUUGUAAUAAAAGAAGUGUUGAUGCGAAAACACAUGAACAACUUGCAAUAA